CUCCUCUGGCACCGCCGCCCGCGCAGCCAGUCAGCGCGCGCUCGCCGCCGGCGCCGCACGUACGUCCAUGUCGCCAUGGUAUACCCCGACUCGCGCUGGGGAGCGGACGCGUUAGCCCCCCUCUAUGAUGACGUCUACCGAGCUGACGGCGUGCUGUCAACCGUGAACGUGGUGGAGGCCCUGCAGGAGUUCUGGCAGGUGAAGGCGGCGCGAGGGGGCGGCGCGGGCGCGCUCGUGAUCUACGAAUCCGUGCCUGCCGCCCACCCCCCGUAUGUGUGCUACGUGACGCUGCCGGGCGGUGCUUGCUUCGGUAGCUUCCAGAAUUGCCCGACGAAGGCCGAAGCGCGACGCAGCGCGGCUAAAAUCGCGCUCAUGAACAGCGUGUUCAACGAGCACGAGUCGCGCCGUAUUUCGGAGCAUUUCAUUGAAAAGGCCGUGGCGGAGGCUCGGGCCAGCUUCGCGGGAGAUGCUGCCGCCCAUCAGGACCCGAGCGCUGGCAUCGCUGCCUUCAGGUUCAUGCUGGAGGCGAACAAGGGGCGCACAAUGCUGGAGUUCCAGGAGUUGAUGACGGUGUUCCAGUUGCUCCACUGGAACGGCUCGCUGCGCGCCAUGCGGGAGCGCCAGUGCUCACGCCAGGAGGUGGUGGCCCACUACUCCGCGCGAGCUCUCGACGACGCGAUGCGCGAACAGAUGGCGCGCGAAUGGGCCGCGCGAGAGCGCGAAGCGGGCGCCAGCGGGGUCAUUCGCGCGGAGCUCGCGCGAGCCGAGCGCGAACUCCGCUCCGCAAGGCUCGCCGCCCGCGAACUACGCUUCCCGAAGGAGAAACGCGAUAUUUUGACCCUCGCCGCUCGUCUCGCCCCGCCGCAGCAGCCACAGUGAUCUCAAAUCUAUGUCUAGGACUGUUGUCCAGUAAAUGUCCGGGUCUUUAAAAUUUUCCAAUAAAUAGGUAACACCGUCAAUUUUAUUUUUUGUAACAGAGGUUAUAAACAAGCAAUUGUUAGUGAUAAUGUGCGCCUAGAUUUAGUGAAUGCGCCGCGAGAGCGCACGCAUCUUUGCUUCAGAUGGUGCGCAUAAUUUUAAUUAACGCAAAUCAGGCAAUAGGCUCGCAUAAGACGCGUAGUGCGCAUAUGCGUAGCAUUCGCUUUAUCUGGACACACCUUUAUGAUGUCAAACAGUAGAUUAUUUAGAAUAGGUAUAUAAGAAUAUAACAUUAAUUUAAGGCUCUAUUUGUUGAUUUCUGCUUUAAAAUUAAGUUAUUGCACAAUAUUGGAGUAGAAUUAACUGGACAACAGUUCUUGAACAUGGAAAUAUUCGCCGCCACGCCGCUAAAUUGUUAUUUAAGUAUAGUAUAUGUAGUGUAAGACUGA